AUGUUACAACGAAUUGAUUUUCCAAACCCUAUUCUUGUUCUGUAUUUGGCAUCCUUUAAUACAACUAUUUCAGUUGGAGUUCUAUUUCCAAAAGGGGUUAAGGGUUCGUUGAAGGUUAUUAAAGCACAAAAGAAAGAGAAGCAGACUGAAGAAUCAAAACCUAUUCAAGAACAUGCAGAGGAGGAAGUCUCUAAAGAAAUUCAAAAUCUUGGUGAUGUUGCUAAAGAGUGUCAUGAACUUUUAGUUGAUCAUGUGAAGAAUAUGAAAGAGAUUGUUGAUAUCAAGAUGGUUGAACUUAAAUCGGAGAUAGCCAAGGAGGUUGAAAAGAUAGAGAAAAGUUACUAUGUUAUUCAUGGAAAAGUUGAUGUUAUUUUUGAUACUAUUGCAAAGCUGGUUGAAUACAAUAAUUUUUAUUCGAAAAAGCUUGAUGAGAAGACAGAAAAGGAUUCCCAAAUAUUUGCAAAUUUGGAGUUCUUAAAUAGUAUCAAGGAAUCCAUUUCACAGGCUAAUCAUAAAGCAGAGCUUGCUCCCAUCCUUGAGUUGAUUCUUCUUUUACCAACUAAUGCUCCUACUGCGAAGCAUGUGUCACAAGGGGGAGAGAAAGGAUGUGGAGGCAUUGGAUCUUUGAAAGAUACAAAUAAAGGAGCAGUUGUUGGGAAGGUGAUGUCUACUCAAAUACUUACUUCACUUUCAAUUUCAUUAACAACUACUUCUACAACUACCACAACAAGACCUAUUUCGAAAGGUAUUGUUAUAAGUGAAAGUGAUGGGGGUUCUGGUGCAUGCUCUAUGCCACCUACUUCGAGAGACAAUCAAGGAUACAAAGGAAAAGGUGUUUUAGUAACUCCUUCAGAAGAAGAAAAAAAGAAACAACAAGCCUUGGAAAUCAAAAGGCAGAGAUAA